UGAAGGGGUGGAGUGACACAUCCACCCCUCCCUUUCAGUUUAAUUGAGAAGCCGUCGGGUCGAGAUGCUGAUUGCGGAUAAAUGGUUCACCUCGGUGCAGCUGCACUUAAAUCAUGCACAGAUUGCGGACAGAGAGCAGGGAGCACACACUCUCUCUUCCUCACGCACACGCACGCGCCUGGUGCUUUCGCGUUCCGUCGGACGCUCAGCUGGCUGCACGCUCCCAGACUGAUAGAUUGCCGUUGCGCCAACAUGUGAGCCGCUGCAGAGUUUGCGGAUUUUUUAUUUUUUUUGCAAAACUUUAUUGAUAUUGGAGAAAUUCUGAUAUAAAAGGACCAGAUCAGGACCUGAUGAUGGACGAGGCACCAGAGCCGGAUCUGGUUCUGACUCCCCGCGCUGUGCUGCUGGCCUGCGGUGCCCUGCUGCUCUCCUUGUGGUUCUGCCUCCGGAACCGCUCGGUCCCGGGUCUGCCCGGACCCUUCCCGUGGCCCAUCAUCGGUAACGCAGCGCAACUCGGGAACGCACCGCACCUGUUCUUCAUGCGCAUGAUGAGAAAAUACGGAGAGGUGUUCCAGAUCCAGCUGGGCAGCCGAACCGUAGUGGUUCUGAACGGAGCCUCCAUCAGACAGGCUCUCAUCAAGCAGGGACCGGACUUCGCAGGCAGACCGGACUUCACGUCCUUCCGGUUCAUCUCUAACGGAGACAGCAUCGCGUUCGGUACCGUCACCGACAGGUGGAAGACGCACCGCAAAGUGGCCCUCUCCACGGUCCGGUUGUUCUCCAGCGGGAACCCGGAGACCAGAAAGACCUUCGAGCAUCACGUGGUGUGCGAGUUCAAACAGCUGCUGCAGCUGUUCCUGACCAGAACCCGCGAGAGCCGCUUCUUCCAGCCCAUGACCUACCUGGUGGUGUCCACCGCCAACGUCAUGAGCGCGGUCUGCUUCGGGAAGCGCUACUCGUACGAUCACGACGAGUUCCGGGAGGUGGUGGGUCGGAACCACAAGUUCACCAGAACCGUUGGAGCGGGCAGCUUCGUGGACGUGAUGCCCUGGCUCCAGUACUUCCCGAACCCCAUCAAAACCAUCUUUGAUGAGUUCAAGAAGCUCAACACCGACUUCACUAAGUUCAUCAGGGACAAGGUCCUGGAGCACAGGAGGACAAUCCGGUCCAGCACCAUCAGGGACAUGACGGACGCCUUCAUAGUGGCGAUGGACGAAGCCGCAGACAGCCAGGGACUUCCACUCGGGAAGGACUCUGUCACCUCCACGAUGACGGACAUAUUUGGAGCCAGUCAGGACACCCUGUCCAGCGUCCUGCAGUGGAUUGUCCUCAUCCUGGUCAAGUAUCCUGAGAUGCAGGUGCGUCUCCAGCAAGAGGUCCACAAAGUUGUUGACCGCGACCGUCUCCCCUGCAUCGAAGACCAGCAACAGCUGCCUUAUGUCACGUCCUUUAUCUACGAAGUGAUGCGCUUCACGAGCUUCAUGCCCCUCACCAUCCCCCACAGUACUGUCAAAGACACCUCCAUCAUGGGCUACGCCAUACCAAAGAACACUGUGGUCUUUAUCAACCAGUGGUCCAUCAACCACGACCCAGCCAUUUGGUCCGACCCAGAAACCUUUGACCCCCAGCGCUUCCUGGAUGCUGAGGGCUCGCUGAACAAGGACCUGACCAGCAAUGUGCUCAUCUUCUCUCUGGGACAACGGCGGUGCAUUGGCGAGGAGAUCGCCAAGAUGCAGCUGUUCCUGUUCACAGCCCUGUUAGCGCACCAGUGCAACAUCAGCGCAGACCCGGCCCAGACCGUCACACUGGACUAUCUCUACGGCCUGACUCUCAAACCCCACGCCUACUCCAUAGCAGUGUCUCUGCGUGAAGACAUGACGCUGUUGGACGCAGCCACUGCCUCGUUCUCAGAGGAGGUAAAAGGAGACUGACGAAAAAAAAAAAGAUAUAAACAUGCGAAAGAUGAAGGUUGAAGCUCACAUUUCCCCUGAAACCGGAGGCUUAUAUUGAUUAUUCUAGUCAGAGUAGCAUUAAAGGAUUUUUUGGGACUGCUUUGAAAUGUGUUCGUGUAAAAGUCAAAUAUAAUUCUUAUGUUACACAAAAGAGCUUCCUGAACAGUAGAAGUGGUGUUUAUGUAGCAGCCCAAUUCAUGGACAGGUUUGGUCUGUUUCACCAGGUCAAAUGGUAAAUGGCCGGUAUUUUUAUAGCACCUUCUUAGGGCUCUACAACCCCCCAAGGCGCUUCACAACACAAUCAGUCAUUCACCCAGUCACACCCUGGUGGUGAUGAGCUACGAUGUAGCCACAGCUGCCCUGGGGCGCACUGACAGAGGCGAGGCUGCUGAACUCAGGUGCCACCGGUCCCUCCGACCACCACCAGCAGGCAAGGUGGGUUAAGUGUCUUGCCCAAGGACACAACAGCAGCAUUCUCUCUCUGGAGCCGGGAUCGAACCUGCAACCUUCUGAUUACUGGACAACCCGCUCCUGAGCUACUGCUGUCCCAAGAUGAUAAUUAUUCAUAACUUUUACAAAAAAAAAAAGCUUUAAAAUGGCUUUAAAGUCCCUUUAAUACUGUCACUCAUAUCAGAUAGUGAGUGGAGGACUGUAGUCAGCUGAUUUAUAACAGGUAAACAAACAGAACCAGGCUGCAAAACAGGCAGAAAUAAAGCUCCGAACUCAUAAAGCUGCUGUUUGACUGCUGUAAACAAAAAUACAGAAAAAAAUAAUAUAUAAGGAAAUUACCGGUAUAUGACAAUAAUUCUAUAUAAAACUAUAAAUAAGAGUAUUUUGAUGUUGAAAAGAAUUUACUUUUAAGAAACUAUUUAAAUUUUAAUCUAUCUAUCUUACACACACACACACACACACACACAC